UCUCUCUCACACUUAAAUUAAUUUUCUCUCUUGUUUUCUGCCUGAGAUGUCGUCUCUGCUGAGAGAGGAGAUGGAGAGAGUCUUGUUCAGACCGGAGGGACAGAAGCUGGAGGAGUUUAUAGAAAUAGAGGAGCAACAGCAGGGGCGACAUUUUCUCUGCGUUUAUAUAUCUAAGGAUAAAGAAGCUCUGAUCUCAGUUGUCCUGUGUCGGAGGGUUAAGCAUUCACGGACCAAUAAGCUGCAGAAAUCUGGGCUGGAGGACAGUUAUGAAAAAACAGAGACUUGGGCCCUGGAAGACCUGCUUAUUCUGGAUGGUAGAGAUCCAGAUUCUGAUGAUCCCUGUUUCUUGAUGCAUUUCAACACGGUGCGGUCCGUCAGAGCAGUGAGCUGUGCUGCAAAAUACACUCUGGCCCGCUGUCUGCUGUCCCUGAGCAGGAAGUAUCACUACACGGCACUAAAACUUAAGAACUAUGACUGGACGUACAUUCAGCCCACUGCAAUGUAUUCAGAUCGUGGUGACUGUAUUGUCCUUGCGCAGAUCUGUUUCUAUGCCUUUAAUCUGGUGUGUCUGUCCUUAUGUCCUGUGCCCCUGGCAUAGAGCUAUUUUGAUUAGUCUUCUUAUUUUAGGUUAUUUCUUUUAAACUGGUCCUAAAACCUCAACUCUUGAUGUUGACAAUAAAAAGUUAAUUUCGGUGUAAUCUGUAAUACCCUUAGGGAGUGUAUAAAGACCAAGCUUUGUGUUUUGAGCACUUAGCCAUGCUUUGAGCACUCAGACCUAACAGUAACCGUAACAUAACUCCACAGUGUGGUGAAAUUUAAUUUGUGCUUGUGCAAAUGCAACACAAAAGGGUGUUUCUGGUGAGUAAUGAUGUGACUUGAAUAUUAAGAAUUUGUAUUUAUUUAUAAAUGUUAUAAAUGGUACAUUUGUCACGGUUUGCAUGUGUUUUAGCUAAUUCAUUAAGCAAGCAAGCUAUACUAAUGUAUUUAAUCAUUCCAAAAAGUGAAACUGUGAGACAAACUUGUGAAUUAUAACAGCAUACACUGUUUUAAUAAUCUUGUCAUCUGGUAAAAAAUGUACUGUUUUCUUAUUUGUGAACCUGGACCACAAAAUCUGUCAUAAGUAGCACGGGUAUAUUUGUAGCAAUAGCCAACAAAACAUUGUGUGGGUCAAAAUUAUCAAUUUUUCUCUUAUGCCAAAAUUCAUUGGGAUAUUAGGUAAAGAUCAUGUUCCAUAAAGAUGUAACUUUCUUACUGAAAAUAUAUAAAAACGUAAUUUUUGAUUUGUAAUAUGCAUUGCUAAGAACUUCAUUUGGACAAUUUUAAAGGCAAUUUUGACAAUAUUUUAUUUUAUUAUUAUUAUUAUUUUUUUU